GAAUUUGUUUCAAAUCACGAAAGUGGAAUGAAGAACUAUACAAGACAGAUAGAGUUUAUCCUUCUGGGCCUGACAGAUAAUCCUCAGUUACAGAUUGUAGUCUUUUUAUUUCUCCUUCUAAAUUACAUGUUGAGCAUGAUAGGAAACUUAACCAUCAUCGCCCUCACUCUAUUGGAUUCCCAUCUCAAGACCCCAAUGUAUUUCUUCCUGCGGAAUUUCUCUUUCUUGGAAAUGGCAUUCACAAGUGUUUGCAUCCCCAGAUUCCUAAUCACCAUUGCAACCAAGAAAAAGACCAUUUCCUAUAAUGAUUGUAUAUCUCAGUUGUUUUUUUACAUAUUCUUGGGAGUUACAGAAUUUUUCCUUCUGGCGACCAUGUCCUAUGACCGCUAUGUUGCCAUCUGCAAACCUCUGCAUUACACAGCCAUCAUGAGCGGUAGAGUUUGUCAUCAGCUUGUACUCAGUUCUUGGGCAACUGGAUUCCUGGUCAUUUUCCCUCCACUGAUUUUAGGUCUUAACCUGCAUUUCUGUGCUUCAAAUAUCAUUGACCAUUUCACUUGUGACACUUCCCCUGUCCUGCAACUCUCUUGCUCAGACACACGUUUGCUAGAACUGAUCGCUUUUUUCUUGGCUUUGAUAACGCUCAUUGUCACAUUGUUGUUAGUCAUCCUUUCUUACUCUUAUAUCAUCAAGACAAUCCUAAAAUUCCCUUCAGCUCAGCAGCAGAAGAAAGCCUUUUCUACCUGCUCUUCUCACAUGAUUGUUGUAUCCAUCACUUAUGGUAGUUGUAUAUUUAUCUACAUAAAGAUAUCAGCAAAUGAAAGAGCCACUUUAAGCAAAGGAGUAGCUCUUCUCAAUACUUCAAUUGCCCCUUUGUUGAACCCAUUCAUUUAUACUCUGAGAAACCAGCAAGUUAAAAAGGCCUUCAGAAAUGUGUUUAGAAAGAUAUUUUCUGAUUCAGACAAGUAA